UUUAAAUCACCUCUGUGGCUGUUGUUGACUGGCAAGGACGCAGUUAUAUUUCGGGUUUUUAUAGCAUAUGGAUGGGUCACAGCGAGGGUCAGAGUCCUGGUCGGGCGUUUUCAGAUCUGUGAUGUUUCAUAGGGCUGAACAAAGUCUCUCAGAGGAGUUUCAGUGGUACUGUGUCCAACAUCAGUUCCCCAUUAUUAUCUCAACAAUGAACUAUGGAAAGCUUCAAGCACUAAGUAAAGAAUGGCAAGGUUUAGACGCAAAUCUUGCAUCGCACUGAUUGCUUUGGCAUUGCUCGUACUGAUCAUAACAGUGGUCUUAAAGGGGCUUAUAACAGAGGAUUCUCCUUUCAACAGCUCAGAAGGCGUUGAGCUGCAACCAGACAGAAAAGAUCCACAAGUCAAGAGACGCGACAACAAUAAACAUGAUGAGACCAAAAUGAAUGACUCUGCUCAGUCAGACGGAGAUGCAGAGUUGGAAGCUACACUGAGGAAGUUCCCGCCUCCAAACUAUUAUCUCCAUGUUUUCUACUACCCUUGGUAUGGAAACCCCAAAUUUGAUGGCAAAUACAUCCAUUGGGACCAUCCACAGCUUCCACACUGGGACUUAAAGGUGGCUCAGGGGUAUCCCCAAGGAAGACACGUACCCCCUGAUGACAUUGGGUCAAAUUUUUACCCCUCUUUAGGGGCUUACAGUUCCAGGGACCCUUCUGUUGUAGAGGCACAUAUGCAGCAGCUUCGUACAGCAGCCAUUGGUGUUAUUGCUGUUUCCUGGUAUCCUCCCAAGACAAAGGAUGACAAUGGCGAAACAAUAGAUGAAAUUGUGCCUUUGUUGUUGCAGGUGGCACAUAAAUACCACAUUAAGGUUGCGUUCCAUAUUGAGCCAUACAGAGGACGAGAUGAAGUCAAUAUGUUCACUAAUGUCAGAUACAUCAUUGAGAAAUAUGGAGAGCACCCAGCAUUUUUCAAGUACCGGACAAACAAUGGCAAACUUCUUCCACUUUUUUAUGUAUAUGACUCAUAUCUGAUGAACUCUGAACAGUGGGCUAAGCUGCUGAAACACACAGAGAGCAACAGCAUCAGGGAUACAGCGUAUGACGCCAUCUUCAUCGCACUGCUGGUUGAGGAGAAACAUAAGAGGGAUAUCCUGACCGCAGGGUUUGAUGGUGUCUACACCUACUUUGCUACUAAUGGUUUUUCCUAUGGCUCCACUCAGCGUAACUGGGGCUCCAUUAAAGCUUUCUGUGAAGAUAACAACCUGAUAUUUAUUCCAAGUGUGGGGCCAGGAUACAUUGACACAAGUAUUCGACCCUGGAACUUUCAAAACACUCGAAACCGCAUCAACGGCAAAUACUAUGAAACCUCGCUGAGUGCAGCAUUGGAAGCCAGGCCUGACUUUAUCUCUAUCACAUCUUUUAACGAGUGGCACGAGGGGACUCAGAUUGAAACGGCGGUUCCUAAAACCAGCCAAACUGUGUACCUGGACUAUCUGCCCAAUAAACCAACAAUCUAUCUAGAGAUAACUCGCAAAUGGGCAGCAAUAUUUGGUGGUGAGCGACGAAGAUGGCGGGAGUGAUCGUGGCGGAUAUAAGUUAGUAGAGGUGUAAAGUAAUUAAAAGGAAAUUAAGUUCUGUUAGCAGAAUGUGCAAUAUGUGAAAAUGAUUUGCAUAAAGCAUGAAUAAUGACUACUUCAUUGGCUUAAAUUUGACUUAACUGAUGUAUGUUAUUUGCUUUUGGGUUAAUUAUUGUUUACUUUUGUCUAACUAAAUCUUCUUUACCCAGCCUUAACUAUUUAGAGAUGAAUAAAUUAUGUUUUAUCACUAACCCUACCACAACCAGCUGAAACCACUGGCAUUAUUUGUAUUUCAAUUAUCUACAAAAACCCUCAUAGGAAUAAAGUGUCCCAUUGAAGAAAAAAAAAAACUGUGGUGGUAGAAAGCUGUUGCUGCCCUGUGUUUUCAACUCCGCCUCGGCCAAAAUUACAGUACAAAAACAAACAAGAAACAUUGGUAUUUCAGAGGCAGGCAUGCCAGUCUAAAAUGCUGGCAUGAAUAAUAGUGCUGUAAA